AUGGAUCAGCUCGCUGCCGGACAUACCAUCGAGACCAAAGUGCGAGAACGGACGGCCGAUAUCGAUGUCCUCAAUAGUUCCAUGGGUGAUCCCAACGGUGGCCAUCUCCACAAGAUCGGCAUCGUCAUCAAGCUUCAGACACUCCUGAACCGGGCUGCGAAGGAAAGUGUUGUAGUAUCCGCGCUCCAGGCAGAUGACCUUGUCCCCAGAUUGAAGAGUGAACUCGCUCAGCUCCAUAUCUGGGACGACACGACUGAUAUAGAUGACACCAUCCUUGAGGAUGAAGACCAUCUUCUCUGGCUGAAGGUUGCAGCUUGUACUACCUUGUCACAUAAGGACUUUUGGAGACUAUUCGGAAAGGGCAAACACUUCAGCUUUCGUAACCUACUGCUCACUAAGCUCUCUCCGCACCUUUCCAGCCGAGCAUUUCAGUACUCGCUUGAUAACGCCUAUGCUUUAUGGGGGAUUUGCGUCAUGCCAUUCGUGCAAUUCGUUGGAUCUCACCUAUUUUCGGCCUGCUGUAGCGCCUUCCGGGACUUUCUCGCCACCAAGACCCUAAACGAACAACGCAAUAUUUGGCUCGACAGGAUCCGUUUGGUAUUGCUUUCCAAACUAGUAUGCAAACUCGUUGUCAACCAAGAAGGUCUUCUGUGGGCCGCCCUUGGCGUCCCCAAUAACCAACUCGCCAUGAUUGAAAGCGAAGCUUUCAGUGGCCCUAACCCGACAGACCGCAGGACCCGCUCUCACGCAAUAUGGAGACACAUGGUCAACACACUUGAUCCAGUCGCUGAGCAGACGCAUGUCGGUGCUGAUAAUUUCUACUAUCAAGUUCGCCUGACCGGCGCCUUCACCCGCAAGUGUCACCGGGAUUAUCUUUCUGAGAAGGUACAUGCCAAGUUCUCCAGCACAGGUGCUCUAGAUGGUCUGCGCAUCCACAUGGAAGAGGUGGGUGAGGUUCUUAAUCACAUACCUCCUGAUACACUGACUGUCGUUGUUGUCAUUGAUCAUAGACUGGUUCAGCCCGAGCGCCGCAGCUGCAGCCUCAAGAUUGGCGCCCGUGUACUCUUAAUUCCUCGGUACCUUUCCCUUGGGAUAUGGAGAUGUUCAGGGCCCAUGGCUUUUCUCUCAACCGAGUUGGUGCACGUACAAGUGGCGCCCGCAUCGAUCGGGUCAACAUACCGCAUUGAUGAUUUGGAGAUCAGCAAGCUUGUCCCUGAAGCCUACGAUGGUUUACAGGAGAAAGGUUGCGGUGCAAGUUACUACCUACGACCUCAGGUACCGCUAGAGUUGUGGAGCGGCCGACCCCGCUUUGCCCUUGAUCCAUUGGAAAUCCCAUACCUGUAUUAA